GUCCUGGAAACGCGUCACCGAGCAACGCAGCGCCGAAACGUGAUUGCGGAAAUACUCUGGAACAAGUGCCGUAGUUUCACAUAUGUGCACCUUUAAAAACUUUAGAAAACAACGAUCAAAGUUUUCUCCCAGCUCUCGUGUUUUUGAGCGCGUAAAACUCCUCCAUUUUCCACCAUCACGCUCCAUUUUUCUUUCCUCGAUGCUUUGCUCUCUUUCUGCACAAAUUGGGGGAGUUUGUUGAGAUUAGAGCAUGCCAGAUGAUAAACCACCUUCUCAACCACAAAAGAAGAAGAAAAAGAGGAAGAAGAAACCAGGUUCUACUACUUCACCAAAGGAUGAAGACAAACCCCACCCAGAACCCUGUGUCCCGCCAGUGUUACCCGCUGUCGGCCCACUUAGAGCCCCUCUGCCGAAGCUCAAAUCUACCCCCAAGAAGGACUCAGAGAGGGGAAGUCGGAAAAGCAAGAAGUCCACUGUGUCCCUGUUCAGUCUGGUGUGUAAGUCUGGAGGGUCUCCAGUUCAGAGAUUCCUGUCCCAGCUAAAUGACCCAGCACGGGAGAGUGUGCGCUGGGAAGGGGUGCUGGACGACCCCCUGAAGGAGGAGCAGCGCCUGGAGGUGUACCGGGCCAACCGAAGACAGCGCUACCUCAGGCACAGAGAGAUGGAGCAGCAGGAGACCAAGGACUAGAAGUGAUCUAUCAACAAAAUGUAAACCGAACUAUUUUAAUAUUCAAAAUGUUGCUCAUCACAGGGCCAUACUAAUAACAGAAUAUGAUGUUGAUACAUGUAGUUUAUGCUAUUAUCUUUAACAAAAAUGAACAAUUUUAGUAAAGUUACAUAGUGCACCUUUAAACAUUGGGUAAGAGACCCACUUCAUCAUGGACUGAAUGUGACUGAGGAGAGGAUGAAUAAUAUAACCAUAUAUUAAUAUGAAAGAAAUGUGCUACAUACAGAGGUGGAACGUAACAAAGUAAAAGUGGUAACAUAUUAUACUUAAGUACAAAUUUUGUUCUGUUUAUGUUGUGUAUACGUUUUACUUUUACUUCACUACAUUUGAGAGCAGGUAUCUGUACUUUGUGCUGCACUACAUGUUUGAACAGGACUGACAAGUAAAUAUAUUUUUUAUUACUGUUUGACACCUGCUGAAAAGCCGAAGGGUUUAUUUUGAACACACUCAUAGUCUGAGCAAACAAAAAUAUAAAUAAAAAUAUCAGUUCAGUUGAUUCUGUUGAACUGAAUUCAGCACAAAUCUUUAUCACAAUCUCUACAUUUGAAGCUUUAUUAGAUCUCAAAAUCUACACAAAAUACUUUAAGUACAUUUUUAAACUGGUACUUUUUUUUACAUGUGAUACUUUUACUUUUUUGCUCCAGUAUCAGUGCUCUGGCUUCAUAUAAUAUAAGCCUAAAACAUCAUUAUUUUAAAAAGUGAAGCAAAACUCCUAACUAUUUUAAAAACCAAACAAAAAUUAACUGGACCAAACCGGUUUAAACAAGGGGCAGAUUUGGCCUAACCAGUGCUAGAUGUAGAAUUAACGCCAAGUAAAUCAUCAUCAUUAAAGCUUUUUAUUUGUAUACUCAAGUUAUAAUCAACUUGACAGAAUACAUGUGUCUCAUUCUGACGACAUGCCGUGUUUUACAGAGGAUGUGAAUUCUCUGCUAAACUUUAUUUCUGAUGCAGGACUGGACCUAAUGCAUUUCCGCUGUGACCUCCCGCUCAGAGGACUUGUUAAAAUCUUAAUAGAGGAUUUGCACUCUUCAUGUUGAGCCUGUAAAUUAUGUAGCGCUUCCAGAAAGAUACAAAGUUGGUGGUUGAGGGCUGAAACCGGAGCUAGUUAAUACCACUGACCCUGAGGCGGCAGGUGGAGAGGGGCAGAGGGGAAAGAUGGAUCGGGACAAGGUGAAGUCAGCUGGUGUUAACGUCCCAUGAGAAACAGAAGACUUUAAAAUUCCGGUCACCACAGUAACAUGCUGAAGGAUGCUUUUGUUUUACUCAUCUUUGCUCAUUUUACAAGGCAAAAAAAGUAGAUUUUUACUAUAUGAAAAUCACACAGUAGUACACACACCCCCACUGCAUAUAUAGUAUCUGUAUUCAAUUCAAUUCAACUAUAUUCCAGAUACAUGGUCCAUUUUACAAACAGUGACAAAAUUAUGUUGUCACAGGUUAUAAUUUCUUUAAAAAGAUUUUCAUGAAGGCAUUCACAAAAUUCUGACUCUUCUGUGUUCUGUUGUAUUAUGUUUAUCUCUUCUAUUGUCAUUUCCCUGUAUCAUCAGCAGAAUUUUUCUCAAGGUGGACAAGAAAUAAAGAUGUUACGAAAAGUAGACUUCUGCUCAAAUAAACUAUACACACUGCUGUUACUGCUGUUGGCCUGAGGAUGGCAGUAGACAUCACUCAUAAAGUAUCAAUGAGAAUUUUUACACCUGCAAACUCCAGAAGGACACAAAUGUAACAGGUCAGAGUCUCAUUCUUCCAUCACUUUGCUUCAGUAACACAUUUUACCAGCGUUAAAAUGUUAAAAUCAAAGCCUGCCUUGCCCUGCAGACUUGAUGUAUAAUGGUAUAAUAGACACAGGACAAACAGCACUUCUUUUGUGUUGCUUUUGUGGCUCUGUCUUUGUGAGCUGUUUGGGAUCCUCCAUUGUUCAUAUUGUGUGUGUUUUGUAAUUGUUGCUUAUUUCAGCAGCUGCACUCGGGACAUCAGACACAGCAGCACUGACAAUAAGGCCACUUUAUAGUUGUUCCUGUGACAGAGAAUUUC